GUUUUAUUCAAAAUUCGCAUUUCUAACAAUCUAAGGUCGAUACACUAUACGAAGAUCACCAUAGUCUGGGUUUCCUGUGGUGUUAUCACGGUCAGCGGAUGACAUAUUCAGAGGCUCGGGGGAAUACCCCCAACGUUUCAAAGCUAAACAGUAAUUGUCAUUUCGUUUCGACUUCUCUCGCUUAAGGAACAUGCCUAUUUCGCCUCACGAUUUACAGAGGGUUGUAGCAGUCCUUGCGGACGAACAGGAGCUAAAAGCUACAGUAAGAGGGGGUGUUUAUGGGGGAGUCAUCGCUGGUGUAACUACGUGUAUAGGAGGUUUAAUAGCCGGUCCCCCGGGUCUCGCGAUAGGUGGAGCGGUUGGCGGUGCUCUAGCUUUCUCCACGUCCUCAAACUUCAAGCCUGUUUCCCAGAUUAUCAAGGAUAUGAGCGCACAUGAUCGUCAGCUAUUGUACGACUACAUGAAGGAUAUUCUAGACCGAAUAACGGUUGAUGAUUACGUGGCAUUACUGGCGUUUUUAAGCGGAGGUCCUGGCCUAUUGUUAAGGCAGCAAUUGAUUGACAAAACUGUGGAUUUCCUCAAAACACAAAUGCAGGUACAAUUGACUUCGUAACAGAAAGACAAAAAGAUGUUUUAUCAAAGGUUAAUGGAAGACGAGAGCUUAUAUUGAAGCGAUUUUAACAAGAAAAAGCUGUGGAUAACACUGGAGAGGAAGGGAAGAAGCGUACCUAAGUGAAAGCGAAAGCACCAAAUAAUAAAAUGACACAUAAAUAUGACAAUAGAAAAGAUCCCAACAAGCAUACAUAAAUCACAGACACAAGUUAAUAAUUUGUGAUGGAUGCAGGCUUUGGACUAAAUGAUGAUUAGUAAUCGUAAGCAAAUAUUGUCAGCAUUUACAUUAUGAUUUUUGUCUACGGUGCCCCAUAGUAUUCACUGAUCACUCAAAAUAUCUAGAUGAUAAUUAAGUCAAAGUUAUUAAAAAUAGUUCAAUAUUUUUGUUAAACCUAGAAUUUUCCAGAAUUGUAAAAUUGCUGAAUUGUAGCCUGCGUGCAGCCGGAAAUAGUUCCAACUAUUUUCGGCUGCACACAGGCUAGCUGAAUUGCUUUUAAUAAAUCAGGAUGCCUUUGGACGAUCAGGCUGUCUAGGUCCCUAAUUGGUUCUUAUGUUUUCACUGAAUGUGGAGGGGCUUAAGGUGCCCUGCCUUUUAGGCUUCCUGUGGUUGUCUUUGUUUUCAUCGCAUGGCGAUUCCCAAUCACUUCGGGGCUGCAUGUGACAUGCCUAUUUCAGUAGAAAAAUGCAAUAUGGCGAUCACUUCAAAACAUGAUAACAAAAUAAAAACUCUGAGUGCACCAAA